CAUGAGCACCAACCUGGUCAUGAGCAUCACCAUUCACCACCACUUUCUUCUCAUUCUUGUACUUGGUCUCCUUCUUCUCCUUCAUUUUCACUGAGUUGGACUUGGACUCCUUCUCUUUCUCUCUCAAUUCACACUACAAAUACUUACACGCACACACACACACACUCUAUAUCCAUCUAUGCCUCUUCUUCUUCUUCUGUUAUCUGAGAAUAAAAGUGUCUUGUGUCGCCUUCUCUCUUAACGUGCGCACCCCCGGCGCAGGAUAUGGAUGCUCACGCCACUUCCUUCGUCUCCAAAGCGCGAACCGCCUUCCAUUCCGCUGCUGCCAAAGCCGAGCGUGUUCUCCACGAAUUCAAAAUCGAUCGAGAUUCUGAGAAGCAAUUGCACGACGAUUGCGGGAGGCGGCGCGGAGAUGAAUCUGCUCGGAGUGAGAACGAGUCAAAGUUCCUCAAUGAACUGAAGCAUAUAAAGUGGAGACCUCCGCAUAUAGGAAUAAAGCAGGACUGGCAAGAUAGAAUUAACAACAUGCGAAAAGGGAGAAAAGAAGUCAAAGUAACAGAUAAAGUUGGCAUUAUAAAUAUGGACUCUGUUCCAUUUGAUGAUGAAAAUUUGUACAUUCUCAAUGUGAAAAAUGAUCUUGAUGCCAAGGCUUCAGAAGCAAUUCAUUCGCUUGAAGGCUUAACUGCUGUGACUGAACAUCCCAUUCCUCCAUCGUCUGUCCUGAAGCAGUUGGCUAUGGCUUUUGAGGUUGGAAGGAAAACAAACUCAAUGAAAGAUUUGGUAGCUUCAUCAGGAGGUUCGUCACCUGCCAGAGACAGGGCAGGUUUAAGUCUCUCUGCUGUGAAGGCUUUAGUGUUGCGUGAAAAAGAGGACAAACUUACCUCUGAUUUUAGUAGCAAUGAAAAAGUGGUGUAUUUGAUUAAUUCAUUGUUUGAUCCAGAGGGACAGUUCCUUAGAAGGAAGACCAACUCUGAUCCAGAGGAAACUUCCAUAUCAUAUUUGCCAAGAGAUAUUCAUGGUGCUCCUCCUGAAAGCCUAGUUGUUAAGCUAGCUGAAAUAAUUGGAAACUUCAAGACGCUUCGAGAAAUGGCUCUUUUUUGGUGCAGUGUUGUUGCUGAACUGAGAAAACAUUGGUCUGAAGAAAAAUAUUUACCUGGAGUCCCCCCAGAUGACUUUCCAGAUCUGAAGUCAUGUCUUCUGUUUCAACAAUUUCAAGUAAUUAAUUGUUGCAUCUCUCGGAAAAGGCGGCAUAUUAUUGCCACUGAAUCUCUAGACUCUAUGGUGAUGGAAGCCAAUUCAAAUACGCUAGAAUCAACAAAUUACAGAGACAAAAUUCCUGCAGGCCCUUUAUUAUAUGCAAGAUUAAGGACUGGAGAGCUUGUUCUCCGGCUUGGUGCUGAUUGCCCAUCCGGAGAUCUGAUGUUACUGGAAACUGGCGAGCCUACAUACUCUCCUGUAACUCAGGAGGGACCCUUGCUUACAGAAGAUCUGAUCAAAGAGACAGAGGAGUUUGUGCUGCGGACAGGGAGUCUUGGUGCUGGGUGCUCUCAACUGCUCUCUGAUAUGCAGGCUUUCAAGGCUGCGAAUCCUGGUUGCAUUUUGGAAGAUUUUGUGAGAUGGUACUCUCCUCCUGAUUGGACUGAAAGUGAGGAAAGUCCCAAGGAUAGAGAUUCUUUUUAUGGUGGUGAGUCAAUGUCUGCCAGAGGUCAACUAAGUCUGCGAAUGCAAAAAGAAGGUAACUUGUGGCGUGAAUUAUGGGAAACAUCUAAACCAGUUCCAGCUGUUAAACAGGCACCUCUCUAUGAUGAGGAUUUGGCAGUGGAGGACAUCCUAGAUACAUUUGAGGACAUCCUGCCUUCGGAGCUUUUUGGACAACUGUUUGUUUCACUUCUCGGUUCAGGAUUUGCAAUUGCUGAAAAUGAAAUUAUGCUGUCUGCUAACAUUGACUUAUCGAAGUUGUUCAAUGACUGCAAGGAGUACAUAGUUACCACCUGUCAAAGCAACAAAUUCAAUGAGAAAGUCGAUGAACUUGUUCAGAUGUAUGAAAUGGUGGAGACAAUGUUGUUGAAUCCAGAUGAGGCAUUGAAGACGAUGAAUCACCUGGAAGAAUCAACCAUGACUACCAGUGAAACAAAGCGUCGGUUGUGUACCGGUGAACCAAAACACCAGUUUAAGAGACUUAACCAUAUCUUUGGUGGCAAAGAUAAACUAUUGACAAGGCCUGUCUGGAAAGAUGAGGUAAAUGAAGAAGAAAAGCCGAGUCGACAUUCUUUUUCAAGUUUCCUUGACAGCAAGUCAUCUUUAUUUUCAAAGAAGCCUCCUAAGCCUGGAAACCUAUACCCUUCUGAGCAUCCUUCCUUUCUGGAACGUGAUUGGACGAUUGUUUAAGCUAAAUUCAGCUUCACCCUGUUUAGGACCAGGAACAUACUUUUUUGUUUUUUUUCUCCCCCUUUCCUCCAGCCAGAUAACUGUAAAGUAAUUCCUUCAUUCUUUUUUCAUCUCUUAAUUAGUGAAUAGCAAUUUUUAAUGUAUUAUGGAAUACCCCAAUUAUUCCUAUAAUCAGUUUUCUUGUUUAGCUUUGCUUGUUGUGGAGGGCUUGUACAAGGAUGAUCUGUCAAAAUAGUAAAGUGUUCAUUACUGCUUUUGCAUCA